AUGUAUAAGACAAAUAGAUUACAAUCAAGAUCUUUAUCAAGCUCAAUAUCACGUUUAGUUAAUCAUGGUAAACCACAAAAUCCACCAAUAGAUCCAACUUUACAUAUGAGAAUAUCACCAAUAGUAAGAACAGGAGAAUCAAUAGAUGUCAAACGUGCAAGAUUAGUAUAUCAAUCAAGAAAAAGAGGUAUAUUAGAAAGUGAUCUUUUAUUAAGUAGAUUUGCUAAAAAAUAUUUAAAUAAAAUGACUAUGGAAGAAUUAGAUGAAUAUGAUAAAUUAUUAGAUGAAGCUGAUUGGGAUAUCUAUUAUUGGGCAACAAAAAAUUUUGAUCAAACUCCAUUACCUGAUAAAUGGAAAGAUUCCAAAAUAUUAAAAUCAUUACAAGAAGAAGCUGAAAAUAAAGAAAAAGUUAUAUUAAGAAUGCCAGAAUUAGAUGAAGACAAUUUCUUGAAUUCUCAAAAGAAGUAG